CGGCCCGCAAGGGCCGACGGGAACGGCGGCCGCACUAAAGAGGGCCGACAUGGCGGCGGCGGCGGCGGCUUCGCUUCGCCGAUCGGUGCUAGGCCCGCGGGGCAUGGGGCUUCCAGGUGCAAGUGCUCCGGGCCUGCUGGGCGGCGCGCGGCCCCGGCAUCUUCCAUUACGGACACCGCAGGCAGUGUCCUUGUCCUCGAAGUCUGGCCCUUCUCGAGGCCGAAAGGUGAUGCUGUCAGCGUUGGGCAUGCUGGCAGCAGGGGGUGCAGGGCUAGCUGUGGCCCUUCAUUCGGCGGUGAGUGCCAGUGACCUGGAGCUGCACCCCCCCAGCUACCCAUGGUCUCACCGUGGCCUCCUCUCCUCCUUGGACCACACCAGCAUUCGUAGGGGUUUCCAGGUAUACAAGCAGGUGUGCUCUUCCUGCCACAGCAUGGAUUAUGUGGCUUACCGCCACCUGGUGGGAGUGUGCUACACGGAGGAAGAAGCUAAGGCGCUGGCUGAGGAGGUGGAGGUCCAGGAUGGCCCUAAUGAGGAUGGGAAUAUGUUCAUGCGGCCAGGGAAGCUGUCUGACUAUUUUCCAAAACCAUACCCCAACCCUGAGGCUGCAAGAGCUGCUAACAAUGGAGCUUUACCCCCUGACCUCAGCUACAUCGUUCGAGCAAGGCACGGUGGUGAGGACUAUGUGUUUUCCUUGCUCACUGGCUACUGUGAACCUCCCACUGGGGUGUCAUUGCGAGAAGGCCUCUAUUUCAACCCUUACUUUCCUGGCCAGGCCAUUGGCAUGGCUCCUCCCAUCUACACAGAAGUCUUGGAGUAUGACGAUGGUACCCCAGCUACCAUGUCACAAGUAGCCAAGGAUGUUGCCACCUUCCUUCGCUGGGCAUCAGAGCCAGAGCAUGACCAUCGAAAACGCAUGGGACUCAAGGUAAAGGGUUGGGUAAGGGUCACAGUGGGCAACGAAAAAGGGUCUUUCCUGUGUAUCUUUUCUAAGCUUUCUUUGUUCCCAGAUGUUGUUGAUGAUGGGCUUGCUGCUGCCCCUGACCUAUGCCAUGAAGCGGCAUAAGUGGUCAGUCCUGAAGAGUCGAAAGCUGGCUUAUCGGCCACCCAAGUGACCCUGUUCAGUAUCUGCUUGUCAUCUUGCCUGAACAAGCUCUCAGCAGACCAGGAACAGUCCGAGGCCUUUCAGGCCUGGCCCCUUUUCAUCAGAUACCAGGGCCAGGAGACCAGACUCUUGCUUCUGAUCUUCCUUUAGCCUUCAUUGUGGGAAUAAAUUAAGUUUCUCAACACA